UUGCACUGCGCAAAGUUGUGAAAAGUUUUUUAAUUAAUUGAAGUUGAGAGAAAAGAUUUAUAAUCAGUCCUUACGAUAUGUACUGCUUACAACAUAGUGUCCUCUGCAGAUAAGGCGCUAUCAACGUCCUACGUAUGUAUGUCUAAACUGAUACUGAUUCAGAUACAUUGAUAUCGGCAAUAUGUGUCUGAAACUGACACUAAUCGUUGCUAGGCAAGGAAUGUGUAUAAAAUCAUAUAACUCUGUUGUGAAACAAAAGCAAGCUAUUGGUAUUGACUGCCAAUUACAAAACAAACUUAAGUCCAUUCUCAACCUGUCAAAGUCGAGGAUCGCGAAAAGUGAUGAUAUCUUGUUUCAAUUUGGUGAAAAGUGAAUGCAAAAGCUACGACAAACUUGUGCAUAAAAUGAACUAAUUGUUUUGUGAGCACUAUCGAUAUAAACAAAAAACUUUUAAACAUCAAACAAGGCGUUAAAAAGAGUUAUUUUUGAUUUUAACUGAUUAACUAAAGAAAAGAGAACGCCAGCAAAUUAAUUUGCCUCUAAUAAUUUUGCAUUAUUACAUCGUUGGGUCGUAAAACCAACAUAUUUUCUUCUUUGAGGGAGCUUCACAUCGUAAUGAAUUCAGAUAGAGCCGAUUCAGAGACGCAGCAGGAGCAAAUUGGGCUAUUCAAGAGAAAGUUGCGCAAGCGACGUUACGGUUCUGCAUCGGUGCUGACAGAUCGUUGGUCUAGGUCCAAGUCCGGUGGCAGGGCAAACGUGGCGCGGCUAGAUUUGGUGCUACUACUGCAAAAGGAAUACGUGAAACAGUUCUAUUUUGAGAAACGUGUUGGCAGCGGAGGAGGAGGAGGAGGAACUACUGGAUAUCCCUUGACCGAUCGCAGUGCCAAUUUUGGAUGAUUGAGAAGAAUUUGGGGCAGCGGUAAUAGCAGCCUGACUUCUCCAGGUGGCCUAAAAUUCAUACCAAUCACCUUCGACGUUGACGUUGAUAUCUGGCCCACUAUUACGAUGCUAUCUUCCAAAGUUCUUACAAACCGAGCCAUUGUUUAUUUGAGGAUCUGCACCGCAGUGCUGGGGUUGUUCAGCUGACAUUUUUGCUCCUCCAAUAAGACAGCCAUAGACAAUCAUCAGUUUUUAUCAUAACCCAACCAAGCGAAGGUCAUUUCGGUACCCUUUAAAAGCGAGGAGAUUUAAAAACCCAUUUUCUGAUUGUAUUUUCUCAAGGAACGGGUUGUGCACUAACAUGUCCGUUAGUCUAAUAGACGUGGGCACUACUUCUGCUACUCCUGCGCGCCCAGAAGAUUUGCCUUUGCAGUCACUCUUUAACGCCUCACUAUCGCCAUCGCAAGAUGUGGAACUGGGACGGACUCCCUACUUUCCCCGAAUCGCCACGAAAAACAACUUGUUAAAACUAAACUGGUGGCACUCACCCACUCAACCACAGAAUCCCGAAUCGGAGGCAGUAUGCCUACAGCCAAAUGGAUUUGACAACGAUGGAGGCAGAAACCAUGCCCACAUUUCCAAUGCAACAGAUAACAAUAAUGCGACACCACACAGUAGUGUCAACACAUCGACUAGGACGACUCCUCAUGGUUCGCUAAGGGGACGAGACCGGGUAUGGGGCGAUCGCAAGGACAUAAAGCGGCGUUGCGAUAAUAAUUUUGAGCCCGAUGUUAACGAAUUUGACCUUCAAGACUCACAGCGCCUUGUGGAUGAUCCGUUACCAUGCGUGGGUGUAUUAAACCAAGACCAGGAGGAUGAAAUGAAAGUUUCUGGAUAUCGACACUCUCGUAUGCGCACCCUUCUGUGUUGGUUGUGUAUUGUUCUAACUGGAGGACUCCUUCGUUUGGUCUUGCACUGGUGGCGUCACUGGUAUUUGUUUGCCACCAGCCAUCCAUGUCCCCUGCAAGAGGCAGAACAAGUAUUGGUCGAGGAAGACUACCAGGGCAAGCACAAACUUUAUCACGUCAAGACCGUGCACUACCUCACAAUUGACCAGUUGAAAUCAUUGUUGCAGAGCGAGCAAGAGGAACGAGAACGAGAUUGUUUUAGCUCGCCAGAUGAAACUCCGCUGCAAUUGUCUGUGCACUUCUCGUCUGCACAAUUUAGACAUUGCGAAUCGUUGAAGAUAUUUCGUUGUAAGCAAUUGGUUUACGCUUGGGACACCAACAUCAAUGGAUUUAACAAAAUCAAUGGCCUCGACAAUAACGUGCCCUGCUCUUACUUUCACCAGCAACGGGGCCUUACAUUGAAAGAACAGCUCUCCAGACGUAUUGUGUUUGGCGAUAACGAAAUAACCGUGCCAUUGCACGAUGUCAAGACGCUUUUUUUCCUGGAGGUUCUUAACCCUUUCUAUGUGUUUCAACUAUUUUCGGUCAUCCUGUGGUUCACCUACAACUAUUACUAUUAUGCCUGUGUUAUUCUGCUGAUGUCGAUAUUUGGUAUAGCAAUGUCAAUUUUCCAAACAAAGAAGAACCAAGAUGUGCUUCACAAAACCGUAAUGAAUACUGGAAAUGCUUGGAUUGUAAAUGCCAAAGGCGUGUCUAAGGAACUUCCAACACAAACUCUCGUGCCUGGCGAUAUAAUUGAAAUUCCGUCUUCGGGCUGUACUAUGCAGUGCGAUGCGGUUUUAUUGUCGGGCAACUGCAUUCUAGAUGAGUCGAUGCUAACAGGAGAGAGUGUACCAGUGACUAAGACGCCACUGCCAAUGAAGCGAGAUGUCAUUUUCGACAAAAAGGAUCAUGCUAGACACACUCUAUUUUGUGGCACAAAAGUCAUUCAAACCCGAUAUAUUGGGUCAAAGAAGGUGCUGGCCUGUGUUAUUAACACUGGUAAUAUAACAGCAAAGGGCGGGCUCAUUCGUUCCAUUUUGUAUCCUCCGCCCGUAGACUAUAAGUUUGAGCAGGAUUCGUAUAAAUUUAUUCAAUUUUUGGCGCUAAUCGCUUGUAUUGGGUUUAUAUACACACUUGUCACAAAGAUAUUACGUGGUACGGAUCCUGUGAAGAUCGCCGUAGAAUCUUUAGAUUUAAUAACAAUUGUGGUCCCACCGGCCUUACCAGCAGCAAUGACCGUGGGUCGUUUUUAUGCCCAGAAACGUUUGAAGGCCAACGAUAUAUUUUGCAUUUCGCCGCGUUCCAUCAAUGUUGCUGGCAGCAUUAACUGCUGUUGCUUUGACAAGACCGGGACUCUUACUGAAGAUGGAUUGGAUAUGUGGGGAGUAGUGCCAAAAUCUUUGACAAAUCAAUUCCAAAUUCCGAUGAAAGACGUGCAGCGCCUUCCCUACGACCAUUUUUUAUUUGCUAUGGUGACGUGUCACUCUAUUACGGUAAUGAACGGUCGCAUGAUGGGAGAUCCAUUGGACCUUAAGAUGUUUGAGUCAACAGGAUGGAUACUAGAGGAAUCCAAGGAUAUACCAGAAAAUGAGAAAUACGGCCUAAUCUAUCCGACUGUUCUGCGACAGCCGAAUAAGAAUGUGCUGAAGGCCGAGAAAUGCGCUGCAAAUCAAGAAAGUCCGUCAGUUCAACGACAGUCUUCUGUAGAUGAUCUAUUGGCGAAUGUUGGUCUGUCACGAACUGAAAAGAAUUUUGAUCAUGGGAUUGUUAGGGAAUUUCCAUUUUCAUCAAAUCUCCAGCGCAUGUCUGUCAUAACUCGCUGCUUAAGUGUACAGGGCUUCAAUGUGUACUGCAAAGGAUCUCCAGAGAUGAUGCAACAGCUAUGUCAGCCAGAAAGCUUGCCGGAAAACUACUCACAGCAGUUGUCUACGUUUGCUAAAAAGGGCUACCGGAUUAUCGCUGUGGCAUUUAAGGCACUCGCUCCCAAGGUAAACUAUACGAAAGUGCAGAGGCUUUCCCGCGAGGAGGUCGAACACAAUUUGGAGUUUCUGGGAUUUGUCAUUCUCGAAAAUCGAUUAAAGCCUGAUACCACGUCUGUAAUAAAUGCCCUUACAACUGCUAAUAUUCGUACUAUAAUGGUUACUGGCGAUAACAUACUGACUGCGACAAGCGUGGCCCGAGAUUGUGGAAUUGUCACAUCCUCGCAGGCAGUGAUUACGGUACACGCCUCUCCAGUUGAUGCGCAUGCUAGUGCUAACCCCAAUGAAGGAAUUGAGAGGAUCGAUGGUGAUCUGCAUGAAUUUAGCCAAUACGAGCUGCAGUAUACACUCGAAUUGGGUAGUAAGAUUUGCCCAUCUGCUGUCUUGACACCCAACGGUAAUGGAAAUGGAAUUAUGUCAGGUCAUUAUAAAAAUAAUGAUGCCUGUGCUCCUCACCAUUCAAUGUCAACGAACUCGCUGGUAAAUGGUUCUAGCUCUAGUUGUGCUGUUAGUAUGUUACCGAACAGCAACAGUUUGACCAGUAUUAAAACGUUAGACACAUGGACUCACAAUGAUCCGAUUGAUGUCGAACUCGGAGCCAGUGUUUCACGUGGGGAAAAUUGGCGAAAACACUACAUAUUUGCCAUGGAUGGAAAGACGUGGCAAAUUGUUAGAGAUCGUUUCCCAGAGCAAAUGGAAAUCCUUCUGACUCGAGGUGCCAUAUAUGCUCGCAUGUCUCCGGAGCAAAAGCAGGCCCUAGUUAUGGAGCUACAGAAUCUGGACUACUGUGUAGCUAUGUGCGGGGACGGAGCCAAUGACUGUGGUGCUCUAAAAGUAGCACAUACUGGAAUUUCUCUAAGCGAAACUGAAUCGUCUAUAGCCUCACCUUUUACAUCUCGUAAACCUACUAUUGCGGCAGUACCUAAUGUAAUAAAAGAAGGUCGAGCCGCCUUAGUUACAUCAUUUGGUAUCUUUAAAUACAUGGCCGCCUAUUCCCUGGUGCAGUUCAUUUCAGUUAUGAUCCUAUAUUCUAUAGACUCCAAUUUAACAGACAAGCAGUACCUGUAUAUAGAUUUGGGUUUGAUAUCGAUAUUUGCGUUUUUCUUCGGUAAGACGGAGGCGUUUGCUGGUCAGCUUGUUAGGCAAGUUCCGCUUAGUUCAUUAAUAUCACCUACCCCGCUAGCUUCACUGUUACUGCAUUUAGCCGUCGUGACGGCGUUUCAAGUGACUGGUUGGUUUCAACUGCAGCAACAACCAUGGUUUAAUCCCUUUACACCAUCUGAUGAAAACCACCUGGGCUGCUAUGAAAACUAUACUAUGUUUGCCAUAUCCAGUUUCCAAUAUAUUAUACUCGCAUUUGUCUUUUCAAAGGGUGCCCCUUAUCGAAAACCAAUCUGGUCUAACUUGCCCUUUUGCCUGACGCUGGUGAUAAACAUUUGCAUUAUAAUUUAUCUUGUGCUCUAUCCCAGCGCCUGGGUGCAGGACUUUUUCCAACUUAUAGUACCGCCAAGUGAAAGUGAUUGGAAAUAUAUUAUGCUAAUCUACGGAGCUUUGGCGUUUGUUAGUCAUGUCUUUGUCGAGUCCGUCAUUGUCGAACAAAUGGUGUUCAAGCGAUUACAAGCGCGGCGUGACCAACGGUUGAGCACAUCAAAACAAAAGUAUAUGCGAUUGGAGUAUAGUAUAAACUCAUUUACAAACUGGCCUCCGAUAACUGAAGUAUACGAGCCACAUGAUCCUGCUGCAUUAGAUGAAGUUCAACCUACGUAUGUUAACUUGGGUGCUGAGCAGAAUAUUGAGGUACAGCACACCACUUUUCCUGGAUUUUAUGAAGUUCCGGAUAACAAACAAAUGCAAUCUCCAAUUUCCGCUUCAGCGACAUUGCAAGCAUAAAGCCCAACUUUCAUCAAUAUAAAAUGCUACUCUUUGUAUAUAUGUAUACACAUAUAUGAUUAUUAUAAAUUACUGAUUAUAGAUAUGUUUAGGUUUAAGUUAUUAGUCAAAGGUAAUGCAUUCGUGGUUUAAGUUGCCGAUUGUUAAUAUGAAACUAGAUGAACGAUCUGUUGCAUCUAUCUGAUGAUUUAUUUUGUACUUAAGAAGUUAAGUCUAUAAAUUGAGAGUACUUAGAGAGAAAUUCGUUUUCUACUAAAUAUAUAUUUAAUUUAAAUUACGUAGUGAGUGUGGUAAACAUGUGUGCCGAUUAAUUCUGUUAUAUAGAAAUAAACACUACCUCCGCUAUCGGCCACCUAAUGAACCUCAUACGCAAUGUUUUAUUUAUUUCAUAUUAAGUAUUAACCAUAAAAUAUUAACUGGAUAUUGUAUUGCAUAGUUUCUAGAAUAAAGACGUUACGAAUUUCAAUAAUA